UGUUUCAUAGCUGAGGAAGACCUUCUGGUUUCCACUGCUGGGUAAAGGCGAAGACGCUGUUUGGAAGACUUUUGGGAAGCCUUUACACCAGUUGUGUUUGAAGAUGGUGAAACUGAAGACAAGGUCUCUCUGGUUCCUCGCUGCCUUCCUCUCCCUGUCCACUGUUCCCACAGUGGCUGAGGUGGUAGAAGAUUUGUCAAAGUGUAAAGGGUUUCUUCUUGAAGAAUUUUCACCAGAGCUCCCAGACAUCUUCAAGCCCAGAAAAAAAGAAAUCCAGAACCAGAACCGAUACAAACCCAUUUGCCAGACUUACAAUAAUGAGAGAAGGUUUCUGACACUCUACGACACCAAGAACAAGAUUCCAGUGUUUUCUGCUUACAAGUACAGAGGGGAAGGAGAAGGGGGAAGACCUGCAGGGGACCCUUGGAUGAUAGAGCCACAGCUUGAGAAUUCAAAGGACAACAAGAACAUGGCAGAUGUAGAAGAAAACCAACCCUACUCAAAACAGGCCAGUACUGUUGAUUAUAAUAAUGCUAAAGGGUAUAACAAGGGCCAUUUAUUUCCAAGUACUCAUGCGUUCAAUCAAGAUGACAAAAUAUCCACCUUCACCCUGACCAACGUCGCUCCACAAAUAACAGCAUUCAACACUGGAAGCUGGAGCAAUAUGGAGAAGUGCAUCAAAUGUCUUAUGGAUCAUAACUGCAACAACGAAGGCUUUGUGGUGGUGGGAGCAACACCCGGCCCUGAACAAAAUAAAAACCUCAACAACAGGGUUAAUAUUCCCUCCAUGCUCUGGUCCGCAUUCUGCUGCUACAACCCCAAGAUGAAGAAGUGGAUAUCGGCUGCACACUGGGGCAACAAUGUGGAUCAAUCUGGAAUGACGAUCAGGUCUCUGGGAGAACUCAAUCAACAACUGAAAGGCAAAGUGUUUCAUGACCAGUGUCCUCUCAUAAAGAAUGAGGGAAUAAAUGCCUGCGGGAAAACCUGCAAAUACAAUUAA